CCAUCUUCAUUCUCAUCUCUCAUCUCUCAUCUUCCUCCCUUUUUCUUAAUACCCCCCCAUUAACCACUUAUAACCGCCAUCAUGGUCAAGGUUCUUCUCGUCCUCUACGACGGCGGUCAGCACGCUCUUGACGUUCCCGAGCUUCUCGGAACCACCGAGAACGAGCUCGGCAUCCGCAAGUGGCUCGAGGACCAGGGCCACACCCUGGUUACCACCUCCGACAAGGACCGUGAGGGCUCCAAGUUCGACGAGGAGCUCGUCGACGCCGAGAUCAUCAUCACCACCCCCUUCCACCCCGGAUACCUGACCGCCGAGCGCCUCGCCAAGGCCAAGAAGCUCAAGAUUGCCAUCACGGCCGGCAUCGGCUCCGACCACGUCGACCUCAACGCCGCCAACAAGACCAACGGCGGCAUCACCGUCGCCGAGGUCACCGGCUCCAACGUCGUCUCCGUCGCCGAGCACGUCCUGAUGACCAUCCUGGUCCUCAUCCGCAACUUCGUGCCCGCCCACGAGCAGAUUGAGCGCGGCGACUGGGACGUCGCCGGCGCCGCCAAGCAGGAGUACGACCUCGAGGGCAAGGUCGUCGGCACCGUCGCCGUCGGCCGCAUCGGCGAGCGCGUCCUCCGCCGCCUCAAGCCCUUCGACUGCAAGGAGCUCCUCUACUACGAUUACCAGCCCCUGAGCCCCGAGAAGGAGGCCGAGAUUGGCUGCCGCCGCGUCGACACCCUCGAGGAGCUCCUCGCCCAGUGCGACAUUGUCACCAUCAACUGCCCCCUCCACGAGAAGACCAAGGGCCUCUUCAACGCCGACCUCAUCUCCAAGAUGAAGAAGGGCUCGUACCUCGUCAACACCGCCCGCGGCGCCAUCGUCGUCAAGGAGGACGUCGCCGCCGCCCUCAAGUCCGGCCACCUCGCCGGCUACGGUGGUGAUGUCUGGUUCCCCCAGCCCGCCCCCGGCGACCACGUCCUGCGCACCGCCAAGAACCCCUUCGGCGGAGGCAACGCCAUGGUCCCUCACAUGUCCGGCACCUCGCUCGACGCCCAGAAGCGCUACGCCGACGGCACCAAGGCCAUCCUCACCAGCUACCUCAGCGGCAAGUUCGACUACCGCCCCGAGGACCUCAUCGUCCACGGCGGCGACUACGCCACCAAGGCCUACGGCCAGCGCAAGUAAGUGCCCGCGAUACAGGGGAAUCGUGCGCAGCGACCGCCGCCGGAGAACUAGUACCUGCAUAUGACGGGUGGAGGAUCCAGAGAUCCUAUAUUGGCCUGGCCUUGAGACCCGCGUGGUCGGGAAUGGAUGCAUGACGACGCCACUGGAACAGAUAGAUGGCUUGUACCAACUCCCACUGCGACAGACGCAGGAAAGAAUAGCGUCGCAGAAAUGAGAGAAUAAAAACGUUAAAUUAAUCAUACAACCGGUCCCAGAUCUGCCUUGUGAAUGUUGGACGAUGUGGUAUUCC